AUGAAGAAGGUGGUGUUUCAUCAAAGACCUGAAGGAGAUCAGGCCUUUGUGACACUGACCACAAACGAUGCCUACGCCAAAGGAGCCCUGGUCCUGGGCUCAUCUCUGAAACAGCACAGAACCACCAGGAAGCUGGCUGUGCUCAUCACCCCCCAGGUCUCAGACUCCAUGAGAAAAGUUUUAGAGGCAGUCUUUGAUGAAGUCAUCAUGGUAGACGUCUUGGACAGUGGUGAUUCUGCUCAUCUAACCUUAAUGAAGAGGCCUGAGUUGGGUAUCACGUUAACUAAACUCCACUGCUGGUCACUUACACAGUAUUCAAAAUGUGUGUUCAUGGAUGCAGAUACUCUGGUCCUAGCAAAUAUUGAUGACCUUUUUGAGAGAGAAGAAUUGUCAGCGGCACCAGAUCCAGGGUGGCCUGACUGCUUCAAUUCUGGAGUCUUUGUUUAUCAACCUUCAGUUGAAACAUAUAAUCAGCUAUUGCACGUUGCUUCUGAGCAAGGUAGUUUUGAUGGUGGGGACCAGGGUUUACUGAAUACGUUUUUUAGCAGCUGGGCAACAACAGAUAUCAGAAAACACCUGCCAUUUAUUUAUAACCUAAGCAGCAUUUCUAUAUACUCCUACCUCCCAGCAUUUAAAGCGUUUGGUGCAAAUGCCAAGGUUGUGCAUUUCCUGGGACGAAUCAAACCGUGGAAUUACGCUUACGAUCCUAAAACAAAAAGUGUCAAAAGUGAGUCCCAUGAUCCCACCAUGAUUCAUCCACAGUUUCUCAACCUGUGGUGGGACAUCUUUACCACCAGUGUUUUACCUCUGCUUCAAGAAUUUGGCCUUGUCAAAGACACCCACUCAUACCUAAAUGUGGAGGAUGUCUCAGGAGCUAUAUCACAGCUGUCCCUUGGGGAGAUCUCGGCUACGGCACAGCCUUUAGUAUCCUCAGAAGAGCGGAAGGAGCGGUGGGAACAGGGCCAGGCUGAUUACAUGGGAGCAGAUUCCUUUGAUAACAUCAAGAGGAAACUUGACACUUACCUCCAGUAGAAACACUGCCAUUUUCCCCUGGACAUCCUGACUUCACAGGCACUUAUUUCUGAUACUUAGUUUCUAGAGCUGGGUUAAGAAAGGUCUUGUUACAGUUGUUAGAGGCUUUCACUAAUUCAUCAGAUGAGGUGUUUUUGUAGGACGACAGGUGAGAAGUGGGUAAAAGUGAAGUAGCAAUUCUGUUAUAUGGACAGUGUUCUGUUUUUUUAUCCCUAGGCUUAUUCAGCUAAUGUUUCAGAAAUUCUCAAUCAUGCUGAUUGCCAACUUAUGUGGUAAGGGAAACUCAGUCUUAAACUGUUAAGAUGGCUAUAUCAACUCUUUUAAAAUGUGCUGAGCCAGGCACCAAAUCAGUCUCCCUUCAGAAUGGGUCAUAGUUACCUGUCUUGCUCGCUUGUUACCUGCUUCACUAGACCUGCAUUUUAGGAUUGCCCAAAGCUGCCAGAAUGAUUCUAAUUCUGCUUUGAGGUAAAGGCAGCCUAUAACACUGCUGAUUCAUAAACAUACCAACAAAUGACAUUAACCCAUUUUAUUUCCUAGCCUUAGUGUCUGAAGAUGAUCACCAGUUUUCUAUGUACAAUGAAGCAGCAUGCUAAAAUGCUUUUGUUCAGUUCUGUAUAUCUGAAAACAACAGUGUAUUCUCUGGUUACCUGCAACGGCACCUUGUAUGAAAAAUAAAGACAUAAUGCCAUA